AGAUUUGCUGGAUUCAGGGCAUGCCCUUGCCUGGAAAACUUCUACCGUUUUGAUCGCUUUGGAAGGUGCAUGGAAUCUCCUCUCGGUUACAAAUCGAUCAACGAGACGGUUGAUUUACGUCCCGGCUUUUAUUGGAUAUGGAGUGAAGACGAAGUCAGGAAAUCAUACAUAACYUUCUCUGCAAAGCUGCAAGAGGAAAACCAGGGCUACGAUGCCGAAUUGAAAAGCUUCAACGAAAUCCUUCCUCCAGCAUACCCGUGCCCAUUCAUAGGAUCAUGCAAGGGAGGAUUUGACGCUAAUUGUUCCCAUGGCUACGAGGGAAUUCUGUGUGCUGUCUGCUCAAGAGGUUUCUACAAGAUGUUUUCUGGUUGCAACGAGUGUCCAUCUGUGUACCUCUUUGUCGGACAAUGUCUUGCCGUCUUUAUAGUUGUGGCUAUUAUCACCUUUGUGAUUGUCAAAGACAAAAAAGCCAGAAGUGAACGCUCUGCGGCAGAUAACAUCUUCAGUAGUCUUAAGAUAGUCAUUGGCUUUUAUCAAGUUACAAGUGGUACACUACGAGCUUACUCGUACAUCCAGUGGCCUACAGCAUUAACGAAGCUGAUGAAGUUUGCAGAUGUAGUGCAGCUGAACAUCUUCAAACUUGUUCCAAUGGAAUGUCUGAGUCACUCCAUCAAGAUCACACCGUACGUUGGUCUUGUGACGUAUGUAUCUCUAAACGUAUUGGUCAUAUUGCUUGCCAUGGGAUACCUGUAUGCGAGGAAAGUCUUCUUAAAAAUGAAGAAUGUCAACCAGGAAGAAAGGAAUAAAAAUCUUUUCGCCUGUAAAGCUAACUGUUACCGUGCAGUGUUUCUUUUUCUGUUUGUUACCUAUCCAGCAACAUGUGAGAAGGUGUUCCAAGUUCUUCCAUUUGGAUGCACUAAGGUCUGUGACAACCAACAAACAUGUAACUGGUACCUACGAUCAGAUUACUCUGUCCAGUGCUACACAUCAGUCUACAACAAGUACGCUCUUUUGGCUUUCUUUGCUCUGCUUAUCCCCGUCUUGUUUCCAGUGGUCACUGUUAUCAUGCUGUGGAAGUACUGCAGAAACCACGUGCAGUAUAAAAAUGCAACCGCGUCCGUAAAGGGCUUCAGUGAACGUAAGCUAACAAAGAAAGCUCUUUUGAAGCAGGAAAAGAAGAGAAAAGAAGAAAAUGAGGUGUCAGUUGGCAUGAGGUUCAUCUACGAAAACUACAGCACCGACUGCUGGUACUGGGAAGUAAUCGAACUGGUGCGCAAGUUAAUUUUAACUGCUGUGGUUGUACAUUCUGGUCGAGAAGGACGGUCAUUCUUGGGCAUAUCAGCCAUCUUUUCUGGCUUUUAUGCUAUUUUCUUUGCCCAAUCCAAGCCUGUCCCAUACAUUUUUGACCACUGGCUUCAUCUCGGGUCUCUACUGGGUACACUUGCUAAUCAAAUGAUGGGCAUGUUACUUAAAAUUCCUGUAGAAAACGAGUCAUCAUUGGUGAAUGAAGAAGAUGACAGUGUGGGUGUCCAUGUACUCCUAAUUUGUGCCAAUGUGAUGGUUUUGGUCAUGCUCGCUGUUCGCUAUAUCUACAGUGUUGCUUUUGCACUUAUGAUCGUCAAGGAGAAUCCACAGUGCAGUGGCAGUUGCAUAAUGACAGUAAUGCAAGUAGUGGCACUGGAAAAUGGCAAGGAAGAAGUUAUAAGAAGACACAGAGCAGGAAGUUUUGAGAAAAAAAGGGGGGUCCAGGGGUUCAAUCCAUGACAACAGCAAUGGGAGCUGGUGCGUUAGCAGUGAACACUAUACUCGUGCUGCAUAACCAUCAAGUAUACACAAUUGUUAUACAAUUUACUUACUACCUCGAUUCUCAUUGGCCGAGAGCCCUCAGCCAAUCCAUAAUCCUGUGGACUCGACAUGAUAAAUGCCAUAUCAGUAGGUUUUCCUACAGAUUGUAUUUAUCAUGCCAUGUCCAUUCAAGGUCAUUAUGGAGAAACGUUUGAAAUAAGUUUGCCAUUUCUUUGAAAGCAGAAUUAAAACUUUAUUCUUAGCUUACAAAAUGUAUAAUAGAGCAAYUGUUGAAUUCGGUUUUCGCAUGAUAUCGUACAUUAUCAAGACCUCGGCCGUUUUAUCCGUCUCUACGGCUUGGGCAGAUAACACAGCCUUGGUUUCGAUAAUUUACGAUAUCAUGCUCAACCUCAUCCAGUACUUGUAUAUUCAUAUAUUAAUUGCAUAAAAUACAAUAAUACUCAUUUAAAAUACUUUAUUGAUUCGUAUAUGCAAUAAUUAUGUAAGGGAUGAAUUAGAAGAAGUCCUAAAUAGCAAAAAAGUUUUUUUGUUGUUGACAAUUUUGUCAAUAAAAAUAAGGUAACCUAGUAUAUAUAGUUUACUCGCGCAUUAUAUAAAUAAUUCAAAUAUAUUACGGUAGUGUCUGAGAUAUUAGGGACCUUAAGCUGCAGGACGGCAACGACGACGACGUCGGCAAACAUACAAUAGCACUAAUUGCGCUAUUCAAUAGAUACUCGUUGGAAUGUACGAAAUACUGUGCAUCAUUGCCGUCUUAUGCUGAAAGUAAGACGUGAAAUGCCCUAUUUUUACGUACUAAAGAGAACGGUUACGCCAAAAGCUUAUCUUUGCCAAUUUUCGUUAUAAGUAAAGCGCUCCCAAAAGACGACAUUUCACUCUAAAACGGGGAUGCUUAUUGAGUAAAAUACUAGGCCAAACAGGAAAUAAUAGAAGGUUGAAGUGCCUCAAUUUCGCCGACGUUGUCGCCSACGUUGCCGUCCUGCAGCUUAAGGUCCCUAUUAUUACACAAUCCUUGAAGGACACCCACUUCAAGGAUGAUAAAUGGUCUUAUGUAGGGCGUAUUACGCGCAUGUUUACACCCUUUGAUGUCUGCAAAUUAAAAUGUAACCCCUAUUUAGCGGCCACCUGACGAUUACCCAAGAGUGUCCGCUUAAUAGAGGUUCUACUGUAAUUCUACCAAAUCUCUUAAUUCGGUUCUCAAAUAUUGUGUUUGUUAAGACAGUUAGUUGGUCGCACAAAAUUACAGUUUCCAGUUUUUACAUACUCGAAGAAAAUGUGUAUUUCUUUUAACAAUUUCUUUCAACUUUGGAAAAUUUGCUGGAAUCUAGGCAUGCGCAUAAUAUUUCCUCUAAGGUCUACUAUACCAUUCCUUCUAUUUUGUCCUGAUCUGAUAUGCAUCUUUUUGAUCAAUGACUGUGAUUUGCCACAAAUGUUUGGUUGCGCAUGCGUAUUUAGUUUAAGCAAAUCUGUGGACUUAUAUAAAUCCUGAAAUUUUCAUUGGCCUCUGUACGUUUUCUGCUUCUAUAGGUCAACUAUAAGUCUAUUAGUAAAACGCUUGUAGGAAAAAAAUAAUAAUGGCAAUUGCUCCAAUUUYCCCAAGUUUUAAGGCAAUAUUUCCAAUGUUUUUAUCAAUUUUUUUAUUUUUCAAUUUUCCGACUUUCUUUUGUUCAUACAAAAACAACUAGUCUCAGGUACCGUCGGAAAGUUCCACGAACCAAUGGACCAUUUGGGCUAUCAUUGUUUUUUUGAACAUUCACUCUUUUUUUGGUAAUAUUUUUAGAAAUUUGGAUUACUAGUUGAAUCCGCGAAACCAAUUGCUAUACUGAUAUACAUAAUUCAUUGGAAUUUUUAAGCAAUGCUAAAAUAAUUUAUCAACGCUACAAUUACACCAAAGAGAGAAUGACAGGCGAAAAAACCGGAAAUUUCAAUUGAAAACCAUAAUACAAAUUUGCCGUUUAUACUUGUAAUCAUAGUUUAAGAUAAGCACCAACAUCUAGCAAAUCGCAAAUAAUUAAUUUUUGGAUUUAACAUUUCCCCCCUCCAAUUGGAGAAAGAAAUUCAAAAUUUCUAGCUAGAAAAAAAGUAAAAAUUGCAUAUUCUUGGAUUGCAAGUUACGUCAUCGCGGCCAUGUUGGUGGUAUUUAACAAAAGGCUUCUCAUUAGCAUCCAUUGUUAACCGCACCAAGGUGGCCGCUAUUCGUUUGUCUUUGACUCAGUAGGGAAUGCUUGCAACACAGCAAUUUCUCUCUAAAAUACCAGUGAUCGUAAAACGUUCUCACUGCUCUUUGAUCUUCAAAUGCACUAACACGAGUUUGCUUCCAGUAUCGAAGCGCUCUUUAAAUACAAAACUUCACAGCAGCAUACAAUUAAUUCAAUGUGAUUCAAUGCUUCAAUUCUAUUGCAAUGCGUAAUGCAAUUAAAUAUUCCUUUCCUAAUGAUAGCAUUAGCGCGGCGUAAUAUCGAAAAAACGAUAAAUAAUAAUAAUAAACAGCUUAACAGCCCUAUAAUACAAAAUUAGCAAGAUGCAGACAAAUUAAAUUUCACUUGUUAUGUGGGGCCAUUUUGGAAAGUAAACAUGUCUUCUUAUUUGCCGCCAUUUUGAAAAGUAACCAGGCCUUAAUGAUAGCAGCCAUUUUAAAGAAGUAAACAUGUUGCAUGCUGCAUAUUGCUUAGUAAAUAUUAUGUAUCUCUAGUAGUAGAAUACAUAGGAGGAAAAUGGUCGCUUAUUUGCGAUUAUUCUUCUAAUGUUCACCUAAUUGUUUUCUGCUUUAUCAG